AUGUCGGCAGAAACCAACGAAGACGCAUGCAAACAUCCAAAGUCAAAUGUAUCUGGUCUUCCAGACCAGCCAUGCUUGCCCCGCGAUUUGGCCGGACUUAACAUUAACGUGCGCAACAUAACCACUUGCUUUAACGUGAAAACUCGUUUGAAUCUAAAAAAACUCGCCCGGACAGGAUACAACACCGAACACAAAUACUUUAAUUCCGAGAUGCUUACUAUGAAGUUGCGCAAGCCCAAUGCCACGGCUAUCAUAUGGCCGAGUGGGAAAGUUAUUUGUACUAGGACCGUAACGGAACACAAUGCGAGAAUGGCGGCCAGACGUAUCGCCAGGAUCAUUCAAAGACUAGAUAAUCCAAAUGUGAUAUUUGGCAGCUACAAAAUCGUCAACGUGUUCGGAUGUUGUACGUUGCCGUUCGCCAUUCAGCUGGUGCCGUUCGCCCAAAAGUACAAGUCAAACGUCAUAUAUGAACCCGAAUUAAACGUGGGAGUCAUCUACAAGAUAACCGAACUCCAAGCUACGCUCACCAUAUUUUCUUCGGGCACAAUAACUGUGUAUGUCAAGAGCGUGGAAAUGGUCAAAGAGGCUAUACAUUACAUAUAUCCUUUGAUAUAUCCGUUCCGGAAAAAUCGAUAAGUCGCAGCACUUUGAAUUAUUUGCCGACAACUUCAUUAAGUACCUAGUGAUGUUAUAUAUUUUAUGUUUACCUGUUUUAGAUAAUUUACCAUUGAACAU